UGUUUUGACAAUCUUUUGACUGGCUGUUGAAGAUGUUUGGUAAACUGCUGGCUGGCUGUUGUUUUGGCGAAGAAGACUGUUCUGCUGCUGGCUGCUCUUGGAACUGCUGUUGCUUGAACUGAUGACGAUAAGCUAAGAAAUUCUGGGUUUUAUACCCGAAAAUAACCCUCUCUUCUCUCAUUAGAAUUUUUUUGUGAUGGAUUUAAACAUUUCAACUUAUUUUACAUCCUGUUUUAAUAUUAUAAUGGCAUUGACAUUAAGUAAAUGUGAAAACAUUUGACUGAGCAGGUUAUAUUAGCAGCAAUUUAGAUUCAUAUAAUAUAAUUGGUUUUUGAGAAUGAAUGUAUACAUUUUAAGCAUUGACAUUUAGUAAAUGUGAAAACAUUUGGCUGGACAGGUUAUGUUAGCAACAAUUAAAAUUCAUAUAAUGUAAUUGGUUUUUGAGAAUGAAUGUAUACAUUCUAAUUUAUUUUAAAUCCUGUUUGUAAUAAUUUAAAUUCAUGUAAUGUAAUUUGCUGUUGUAUAUGAACAUGUUUCAGCACCCAUCUAAGGUAAGGUUAUUGUAGAAAUUUAUUCAAGGAGGGUAUUGACCAUGGUAAAAGGUGAAUGUCAUAAACAUUUGGCUGGGAUAGGUUAUGUUAGCGUCAAUUUAAAGUCAUGUAAUGUGAUUUUGCUGUUGUACCUGUAUGUUCAUGUUUUAGCAGGUUUCUAUAAUGUAAGGCUAUGACCAUUUGUAUACUUAAUUAUUGAAGUAGUGGUAAAAAUCUGUGUAUAAAAGACAGAGGGAAUUCUCUAAUAUUCACCAGUCUUCAAGAUUUCAUCCCAGGACAAGAAGCUCAGUUCAACAGAAAUACUACCAAAAUAAAAUGUCGUACCGUACAAUUGCUUCAACUGAUUCAGAGAAUGAACAUUUUAGCGAAUCAAUUGAUAUAAGACCGUCUUUUUCAAAAACAAAACCUGGAUCAAAACGUUCUGCAGAAAAAACAAGUGUUAAAAAACCUAUGAAAAAGAAGCAGAAUAAAAUGAAUGCAUCAUACAGAGAUAAUAUCAGCGAACGCUUGAGAUCAGAAGAUUUUGAUGUUGAAGUAUUUAAUUCGCUAACAUUCAGACAAGGAGAUGGCGUUGUGACAAUAAAGACGCCUUUUGAAGAAAAAGGAAAGGAUCUUUGGGUGCUAAGUCAUUAUAAGGUUACUAACAUCGAGAAUGUGCCAGUAAAGGACAGAUGGAAGUUCAGUGAAGCUACUGUUAGAUUGUACACGACCGACGAAUCAAAAGAUCAAACACUUCAUACUGGUCUUAAUGAGACAAUGCAAAUUAUAUUUGAUAAAUUACUAACCGAUCCAAAGCGUCAAACUAUUAAAAGCAAGACGGUUGUUUGAUUAUUAUACGGAAAAAUGAGUUUCAUUUAAUAAAACAAAAUAUUAUUAUA